AUGUAUGAUCACCAUGGUUCAGUUUCAUUAACAGAUGGAAAGUCUGAGCAGUCAAAGCAACAAGAACAAGCCCUCAAGGAUGUAGAAAAAGUGCUUGGGUCAUACCAGAAGACAGGCAAAGUACCAGGAACAGUUAUGGAAGCAAGCAUCUUCAGAAAGCCUUACUUCGUUGGUUACUUUCUUCCUGCUCUUCUAACCCCAAGGAAGCUGCCAGAUACUCCUGAUACAACAGCAAAGCUGAUAAAAACUCUCAGCAAGGCUAGUAAAAUACCACCWAACAUGCUUGAUGCCUAUCAAAAAGCUUGUGAGAAAAUGGCUUUUGAUCAUGAAGAGAGUUCCUCAGAAGAUGACAGCCUGCUAAGUGACAUUGAUAGACUGAACAAGAGUCUCAAAAGCUUUACAUUAGAUGUACUCCAUUCACUACAGGAUGGUGAUAAAUCUAGUACCAAAUCCAGCACGUCMUCCAGGCUGUCUCUGCUAACAACACACAUUAAAUUCAUGAUCAAGAACAGUGACAUGUUGCCUGACCCCUCCCAAGUGAUCCUUGAUGUUUGCUCACCUGGUGUAGAUCCUAAAGCUACCCAGAUUGGUGAUGCAUUAUUGAAUGCUUUUUGCCGAACAUGUAUGGCAGUAAGAACUUUGAACUGUUCACCUAAAUCAAGGUUCAAGUGGGCAGUAAAUUUUGUUGCCAUGGUAACUUCAAUACCAGCAAUUCACCUGGCAUUGUACUUCAGGUUAUGGGAUCUUCUGUGUYGUAAGGGUGCAGACCUUUGUCUUACAGUGCAGCACAUUCAGGGUCUAGCUGCAUUUCUGUGUCACCUCAGCUCUCAGGAACAAGAGAUGACACCAAUAACAUUACUGCUCAAUGGGGAAUCAUUCAGCAAUGAUCAGAAUAAAAAUCAUAUUUGUUCAUUUGUUGAGUCAAUAUUCAAUKCCUUACCCUUUACUUCUUUCAAAUGGAUGGAAUUCACUGUUAGGUUAAGUAGUGCUUACCUCCAACAUGCUGCUGAGGCAUUUGCUAGUAUCACAACACCCACAUCCAUGGACGACAAUAGAGAUAAUUCUACUUGUCUUGUUCCUGUCACAMUCAUCAAAAAGCUUUGGUAUGCAGCUCAUCGUCUUUCAUUUGGUGUUCAGUCUUUGCAGAUAACAAAUGACUCAUUCAUCAACACAUUGGACAUUCUUAAUACAGUAACAUCAUCUGCUUUGUACAGAAGACUUUUGGCAUUAGCCCCAAAGGUUUCUCUUGGAGAUUGGCUGACUUGGGAGAUGAUGUUGUGUGGACAAGAUGAUUUUCUAUCUGAUGCUGACUGGCAUCAAUACCAUGAGGUGACAGUGAUGGGACACUUUUUACCAAUGUCCUUGAAGGAUGGAGGAUGUGAUGGUGACUACAGAACAGCUUGUUCAAUUAUACUUGAUCAAAUACUAGACAACAAAUUGAAGAACUACUGUUCGUCCAGCAUACAUAGUUGCAUGAGUGACAAGAACACAGYGAAACAGAAAAAUUUGGAGCAAAGGAAUACCAAGGAUCUUGUUCAUCUCUUAGAGAAGAUAACUCAGUUGCUACCUCGCAACCCACAACCACAAGAUGCACAACUUUCUUGGCUCUUACAACAGUACCAGAAAAGAAUAGAAAAAAUCAGGAAAGAAAAAGGAGAGGAUUCUACUGAUGGUUUACCUCUAGAUGUCUUGAUAGAGAAUGAAACAAGGUCAUUUACUUGGGUAAUGCUUCAGCUUCCCGCAUAUCUUUUGUUCUGUGACAACAAGGAAGUGACUCCAUCAUCUGUUAAUAUCUUGGCUGUGGCUUCCUUUGUCAACRAUGCCCUGAGAAUUCAUUCAGGAUAUUUGUGCUGUUUACCUCUUGCCGUCACCACACACCUUCUAAAGUACAUAUUAUCUGUUUCCCAAUCAAAGAUCAACACCAGGUAA